CACGGCGUCAGUCACCGUCGCUGCUGCUUAUUCGGUAUCCUCUGGCGACGAGAUGCUGGUGCAGCUGUUCUCGGUCCUGGCGUUCCUGUGCCUGACUUUAGCUCUUGACACCAGCCACCCGUGUGACAUCGAUGAGAACCAGGCUGCAUGGAUAGCGAACCACGUGAAGAAGGACGUGGUGGUAGUGGGCGGAGGGGUCGCGGGGCUCUCAGCGGCCAGGAAACUCAUUGCCGAAGGAUUCUCGGAUGUCCUCGUCUUGGAGGCUCAGGACUACAUCGGUGGAAGAGUCAAAACCCAUAGGGAAGGAGACAUUCUGACGGAGGACGGGGCCGAGUGGAUAAAUGGGGGCUGGAGGAACCCUCUGUACGGGCUCGCGGAAAGCCUGGGCGGAUUAACCCAGCCUCUGCCAGACAGCGCUUACGACUGGAGGGCCGUGACGCAGUCCGGGCAAGAGGCGGACCCGCGAGGCUACGACGCCGCGGCCUGGCUGAUGGAGGAGUGCGAGAAAGACGGCGUCCUUCAGAACUACCACGAUAAGGGAUAUGGGGAGUGCUACGAAAACAGGUUCCCCGACGCUUAUUACUGGGAAAUGGCGAGACCGGCGGAGGAGACAGCGUGGCGUAACUUCACGGAGAUGUGGGUGAACAAGGACACGGGCCUCGACGACUGGAAGGACAUUUCGGGGCUGGACGCCGACCACUUCACCGACUGGGGUCUGGACGAGUGGAACCAGUGGGCCGACGGCUUUGAUACUCUCGUCGACUAUCUGAAGGCCGAUAUCCCAGAUGCCAGCGUGAAGAUGUCCUCGCCCGUCUGUAGGAUAUUCUACGGGCGAAAAGUGGCGGGGCAGCGCCUGAGGAACCGCGUGCUGGUCGUGACCCAGGACGGCUCCUCCUACCUGGCGAACCACGUCAUUAUCACGGCCUCCAUCGGGCAUCUCAAGGAGCGACACGACAAGAUAUUCACCCCCGCUCUCAACUCGGGUUACCGAAGCGCAAUGGCUGUGACGAAGCUGGGCUUGGCCGAUAAGGUGCAGUUGGGCUGGGAGAGCCCGUGGUGGGGAAACGACCCCUUAGACCUCAGCGUCAUCUUCACAGAAAGUAUGCCCGGUGAAAUGUCUUGGCUUCAGGGGAUAAUGGAGUUUAUAACGAUCCAUCAACAACCAAACAUGUUGCAAGCGUUCGUCCCAGGAAACUACGCCAGGCAAAUGGAAGCCCUGCCAGAAGACACUGUAAAGCAACAUCUGAUCACACACUUGGCGACGGUCACCAAUCAAGUCGUUCCCGAUCCUACCUUCUUCAGGAGGACUCAGUGGGAGGAUAAUGUGUGGAUGAGAGGCUCCUACAACUCGUACGUGACGGUAGAGGGAGGCCUCACAGUUAUGCCUAACCGCAGCCCUUUGGCGAGAACUGUCAGGAGGAACGGCAAGCCACUGUUGUUGUGGGCGGGCGAGCACACCCACACUACUCGCUACGGCAGCGUCGACGGAGCUAUGGCCACAGGAGUACGAGAGGCCAAGAAAAUCAUUCGUUACAAGAGGAAUACGUAGUGAUGUAGCAUGACGACGGACCAGCUGCAGAGUAGUUCCUGGAAUAUGAUUGUGAUCAUGAUUACUAUGAUCAGCCUCCUACACAAUGAUAUCAAUGAUAACAAAAAUUCAAAGCAAUACCAGUCAACAUCGAAUUUUCAUACUUUACCGGAAUUAGAAAAAUUGUUCCAUUAGGGUCGGCAGAGUUACAGGAUCCUUAACAUUUUAUAUUUUACUCAUAUUGUCUAAUCAUAUUGUCUUUUAACUUUAACUAUUACUCUUCUACCAUGUUAAAUGAUAAAAAAAGGCUUCAAUAAAAAAGUAAUAAUCUGCAUAUAUUAGAUAUAUUGUGACUGGUGUAAUAAAGAAGUUGCAUCCUGAA